AUGAGUGAACAUGAUUAUGCAGACGAUGAUCUUUCGAGACAUGCACCCCUCCAACCGCUCAUUGAUGCGCUUGAUAAUAAUACCUCAUCCGGUAAUUUAAUGGAAGACUGUAGCGACUCCUGUUCACAUAGUCCUCUGUUAAAUACUCUUUGUUCAGGAUCUAAUGCACGCAUCAUCUCUCCCGAUAUAGCCUCUUUUAUCAAAGAAGAAGUCACGAAAUCAGGACUGGAUUCAUUGUCUCCGAAUCUGGCCAACAUCAUCCUACGAACUCCUAUUACUAUACCUCAAAACCAUCCAAGCAAUGCGAUGCUUGGUUUUGAGCCGCAGAACAAGAGGAUGAUGCGAACUCCCCUGCCAUCAGACAGCGAAAUCCAAGAUCUGCUCAGCACCUACUUUCGGUCUUUCAACUCCCUUUACCCUUUGUUCCAGGAGCCUAGCUUGAGAAAGUUAUUUCAGGAGGCGUUGGUUCUAGAAACCCAUCUCGAUGCAGGUUCCUGGGCAUGCAUUCAUGCAGUCAUGGCUAUAUCGUAUAAGCUACAGCUAUGGAAUACAUCUACUCCUGGUCGCACCGUUGAUGCAGCAUGGAUGUAUUUCAAUGCUGCAGUGCGCCUUUUGCCUGACAUUAUCACUUCGGGGACAAGUCUAAGAAAUAUCCAGGCUUUAUCAAUCAUGUCGGUCUUUCUGCAAGGCUCGAUGCACUUCAAUAAUGCCUUAAGUAUCCUGGGGAUCGCCGUCAAUCAAGCCUCCGGCCUUACAGAAAGCCUAGAACCACAUUCUAUCAUUUCAGAAGAGACAGCUACCCAGCAUGUUUUAUAUAUUUUAGAUAAAGAGUUUUCGUUUCAGUCUGGACUUCCAUCGCUCAUCAAAAGUCAGUAUCCUCUGGUACAACCGAUGCUGGAGAAUAACUGCAAAGGCUUCGUGUCUGGUCAGUUCGGAGAAAGUCAAUGGUUCUUGCAGCAUUCCUCUUCUCUCGCCACGGUUACAGAACAUAUAUACCGGGCGCUCUAUUCGGCAAGUGCGAAAGAUGAACGGCCAGAAUACCUACUGAAAUUGACGGGUGGUCUGGAUCUGGAACUGGAGAUAUGGCGAAAUACCCUCCCACCUGAAAUAUCAUCUUCGCUCAGCUGCAGUAACGGCGAUAACUCUCCACACAGAUUUCCAACAGCGCUGUUAACACUGAUGUACAACAACUGCCUCAUUGCUAUUCAUCGCUUAGAGGCCAUUCACUGCCCAUACACGGGUUUACUGUCGCGGAUAGAGCCAUCUUCUCCACUCCUUUCUUGCAUCAGAUCAUCCGCAAGGAGACGAACUGAGGCAGCGCUGGCUUCAAUACACCUCGUUCAACAUCUGGCUUCAUUCGACGAUUGUCCAUUCUGGCUUAUACCAUCCUAUAUCGUCGAUGCCGUUCUUGUUCUCCUGACGUCGGUCAUUAUCGAUACAGACGAUAUUUACACCCUAGAGAUUUCCCGUGCUGUUGACUCGGCGGUAAGCUUUAUACAAUUGGCGAAUGAUAGAUCGAGCGGCGAAUUCAGCCAGAUACUUCGUAUAUCGUCAGGUGCGGUCGAAAUUGUGAGAAAGAUUUCACGCAAGAGAAACGACGAUAUUGAAGCAAGAAGAAGAGCACAAGUCGCCAUCCAGAAUUCGCUGAAAGAACUUCACCAUGUGAGGGAAAGACGGCGGAAUCAGAGGACAGUCCAAGGAAACUCAGAGCUACCUAGCAUAUGCCGUCCUGCUCUGCCAAGUGCGAAAUCGGAGACCCUGCUCGCUACAGCAUUUGCUGCGCCUCAACCACCGCACGAAGGUAUACAACUAGAUCGGCCGUCUCAGAAUCGUGGAAGCGGCCUUGAACCGGGAACACACCCUGGGCGAUUGGACGUUGAUAUAAGCUGGGAAGAUUUUAUUCUUGAUAUUUAA